AGAAAUGAUUCCCUGGACACUUGUUGCACUUGCGGCGGCUCUCAGUGCUGCCCUGCUGCUACCGCAGCCCUCUUGCGCCAGUCCCCUGGAGGACGACACCGUGGACAGACCCCACAUUGACUACCCAGCGCUAUUCAAGGCGUUCCUCGACGUGGGCGAGGCCCUCUUUGGUGUCUGGGCCCCCGAGGGCUUUAGGGAGCAGCUGAACAUGAAACGGGACUCGUAUUACAGAUAGGCGAGACGCCUCUAUCGUGUUUUCCUUUCUUUCUGUGCAGAUGUUGCAUAAGUGUCGCAUGGCUGCAUCAAUAAAUACAACCAGAAACA